AUGAUGCCCGAGACGUCGAGAGAGAAAGACCCGACACCGACAGCAGAAGUUGACGACAAGGACAUCACAGAGCUCUCGAAAGAACCUGCCGCGACAACGCCCAGCAGCGCGCACGCCUCGGUAGAACACUUGGAAAACGGCCACGCCGAUAAUCACGAGGAACAGGAGGUAAAGCGGCAUUCCGAAGACUCGUCCAUUGGGGCGUGGGAAGACGCAGAGGAAGGCUCCGACUGGGAAGAAGACGCACUCGUCCUCGAGGACGAUCCCGCCGAAAUGUCAAGCUGGUCGGGGCAGCCCGACAUCAAGGGCAGCUCCGAGAUAGCACGGAUGGUGCUCCUGAAUGCCGUCAGUGUCGGCAUGACGUUUACAUGGGGAGUGGAGAUGACAUAUGAAUACAAAUCGAAAUGGGGGAGGCGGCGGCCUUUCAUCGUCGUAGGAUCUCUUCUCGUGGCCGGCGGUCUCCUCACAUUGGGCUUCACAAAGGAGAUUGUUGGACUGUUCAUAUCGGACGAGGGUGCUAGGAAGAUUUUGACCAUAGUCGUUGCUGUUUUUGCUCUCUAUGCAACAGACUUUGCUAUCAAUGCAGUCAUGUCUUGUUCAAGAAGCUUGAUAGUAGAUACCCUUCCGAUUGCAAAACAACAAGCUGGAGCGGCGUGGGCCAGCAGAAUGGCUUCGGUUGGACAUAUCAUUGGUUAUGGCGCAGGAGCGAUUGAUCUUGUCAGCUUGGUCGGCACAACUUUCGGCGACACGCAGUUCAAGAUCCUAACACAGGUCGCUGCUUUCGGGAUUCUGUUCGGAGCCGCCAUCACUUGCUGGGCGGUAAGCGAGCGUGUCCUAAUCUCUGUACGACAUGACCCCCGCCGCGCCGAUGGGCGAUUCAAAGUCUUCCGACAAAUUUGGUCAACGCUAUUGACCUUGCCGCCCAGGAUACAAGCGAUUUGCUGGGCGGUAUUCUGGUCUUGGAUCGGGUGGUUCCCGUUCCUCAUUUACAGCAGUACAUGGGUUGGCGAAACAUACUUCCGGUAUGAUGUUCCUGAGGAUGCUAAGGACUCCAAGGACGCUCUGGGAGAUAUGGGUCGAAUAGGCUCGUCUGCACUGACUGUCUAUUCCAUCGUCACAUUUCUGGGAGCAUGGAUUCUGCCCUUAUUCGUCAAGGCUCCAGAUGAUGACAGCUUCACUCACCGACCUCCCCAGAGCAUCGCUCGCUGGGUGGAGACAUUCAACAAGUUCAAGCCGGAUCUACUUACAGUGUGGAUGUGUGCUCAUCUCAUAUUUGCUGGAACCAUGAUAUUUGCCCCGUUCGCGGCGAGCUUCCGCUUUGCAACUUUUCUCGUCGCGGUCUGCGGUAUCCCCUGGACCAUAGCCAUGUGGGCUCCAACGGCUUUCCUAGGUGUAGAGGUCAACAAGCUCGGCGGUGGCGAGCUAAACGGCGGCGCAUCCUACCGCCGGCUGUCAGCCGGAUCUAAUAUCGAGAUGGCCACUCGCCGCGACUCAUUGCGCCUUGAGCAUGGAUCAGACGAGCCGCAGGGAAACUCGGCAGGCGAGUUGAGCGGCGUUUACUUUGGCAUAUUGAAUAUUUACACGACCCUACCACAAUUCAUUGGCACCUUCAUAAGCACAAUUGUGUUCGCCAUCCUGGAGCCGGGCAAGAGCCCCGAGCUGGCCACGGACGCGCACCCUAGCGAGCACCACGGCACGGACGGCCCAAAUGCUAUCGCCGUGUGUCUGUUCAUCGGUGCGAUCGCGGCCGUUGGCGCAGCAUAUGCGACGCGGAAACUAAAAUACAUGUAA